GAUGGUGUAGCAUUAUCUGGCAGCAGUGCCACCACCAGCAGUGCCACCAAGGGAAAGCACCGAAACAGUAGAGGAGGAGGAAGACUUAGUGGCUGAGGCGAUGAUUGCCUUGCUGGAGACCACUAACAUGGCCCUGCACCCACCACCCCCAGAACUGCCUCCAGACUCAAACUUCCUCAUACGCAGCAAGUUCCCUGACGAGGAGCAGACGACCUUGCUGCCAUGCACCAUCUGCAACAGAACCUUCAAUCCUCAGGCGCUCGACCGCCACAGGAAAGUUUGCGAGAAACUCUCGUCCAAGAAGCGCAAGAACACCUCAGCAACACACACCUUCAGUUCGACAAAGCAGCGAGCAGACGGGUUGGAGUUGACUACGAGCGGUGGUGGUGGUCGAGGCAGGUCUCCAGAGCGCAAGACCAACCCUAAGAACAAGUCGAAAUGGAGAGAGAAACAUCAGGAGUUCCUGAGGGCGAUCAGGGCAGCUAAGGGCGUGACGGAGGGUGAGGACGGGUGUGCGCCUGUCUCCAGCAUUCCGUCAGACUACAUCCAGUGUCAGCACUGCGAGAGGCACUUCGGACCCAAGGCAGCUGACAGGCACAUCAGCUGGUGCAAGGAGAAGAGCAUCAGGGUUCCCCGCUCACCGGCUGACAACCAGGCAGUGGAACGCCUCAAAUCACGCACUAAGUAUGUGCCACCCAAACCAGGGCAGAAUGGUUGGCGAGCACCGAAGAAAAGUGAUGUUAUAUCUUCCAUCCCACCUCCCAGCUCUGGCCCAACAUCAACAUCUCUGCCAUUACCUUUAGGGGGUGUACGAGAGCUGAGUCCUCCCCUCACUAACCGUCCGAGCCCUCCCAGGUCAAUGGGUCAGCAUACUAGCCCUCCUCACCAUUCAGGUCAACAUGAGUCUCCCCCACCAGCUUCCUCAUCUCGGCGCACCUCUGUGUCAUCUGGAGUGUCAAUGGGACGGCCUGGUACCAUGUCACUAGGGCGCUUGGCUGGCAAGCACUUCUCCUCUAUGCUCAAAUCAGUGAUGGGGUGCAGCUCAGGAUAUGGGUCUUCCUCUGGCUAUGGACAGUCAUCUGGGUAUGGACAAUCUUCUGGCUAUGGGCAGCCAUUGGGGUAUGGGCAGUCUUCCGGAUAUGGGCAGAGUUCAGGAUAUGGACAGUCAGCAGGAUACGGUUUAUCAAGGAUGCAAGUAGGUCGGUCAUCCUUUUCUUCCCUUGGCAGUUCACCACUUGCACCCCAAAGACCGCUGAGGUCCUCCCUACGUCGCACGUCAUCUAACACUCCCAUGGCUCGACAUCGUGACCUUGCCUCAGACAUGAUGGCUAGUGUGUGUAUAAGUGGGAGUCCUAAAAGGGAAGAACCAGAGGGUGACGAGGCUGGGGAAUUUUCCCCCCCUUGCUCUUUGUCUCGGCAAGAAAGCAACUAUAAUUAUCGGCCGACCUUCUGGAAUGGAUUAUGGCUGAUAACCGGGGGUCCACUGUAUCUAAAGAAGUGUCUUCACAUUUUCCUAUGUGGAGAUCUCAUCCUAAAUAAGACUUUUCUGACAGUUCUUAUGUAUGUAAUUUAAUAUAUGGUAAUUAGAAUGAUAAUUUUUAUAACGGUCAUUUAUCAGAGACUUUUGUUCUUUUAAUACACGUCUAUUAUUCAAAGAACUUUCUCCUCAAAAUGAAAUUCGGCUUUGAGAGCUUUUUGUUACUGUACUUUAUUAUCCUCAUUCCAGUAAUUUUCAGUAUGCCUGUUUUUAGCAUUUCUGUGAUGCUAAUAAUAACCAUAAAGUAAUACUGUAAUAAUAAUAUUUUCUGAGAGCAUUGUUUAUUUUUAAGAUCUCGCUUCAUUUUGGUUAAGAAGUUUCAUGGGGAUGUCUUCCUUCAGGGAAGUGCAUUGAUGUUGCUGAAGUUCUCUUGAUCACAGGGAUUUGUGCUGCCCUAACCUUUCUUGGAUUAAAAUUGUUGACUUCCCCAUUCUCCAGGUGCUGUGUGACCCAUAUGGGUUUAGUGCAACUCCAUGAAUAUAAUAAUAGUGUCUUACUGGUACUAGGAUAUGACUUAUUCAGAGGCUUCUCAUGAUACUCAUUAAAGUCUAUCAUUUGUUAAUGGGUUCAUCUUACCCUGUUGAAUUUUUAACUUGUUGGAGAGUCGCUAUGUUGAAAUAAGCACGGAACUGUAUUAUAUAACAGGACAAAAUCAUUUUACCUCAUUCAGUAAACCAGUAAUUGAGCUGAAUAAUAUGUAUCUUUCUAUAAUUGUGUACAUUAAUUUACACUGUAUUUUAUUUUCAUUUGUUAAUAAUGAGUUAAUAUUAUUACAUUAUUUUUACAUUCAUGGGGGAGUUCUGAACCCAUAGGGGUUAUACAGCACCAGGAAAUGACAGGCAAUCAGAUUUGAUCUAAAGAAAGUGUGUGUAGUAUCAAGACUUUGUAUCAAGUGCCUCUCACCAGCAUAAAGGCACUCCCUUGAGGGCAAUGAAUAAAUAUGAGCUUAAAAAUUUCUCGACCAGAAUUAUGAGGAAUGACUUUCAUUUCAAGAUCAUUAUAUAUUCUGCACAUUAAUAAUUAAACUCUGUCUGUAUAUAAUAAGUAAGUAGAGAGCAUAGUAGCUUUUCU